AUGUGCGGGCAUACAAAGUUCCGAGAGGCUCGAUGCAGUCCGCCAAUUUUUCACUGGAACGGGAAGCAUAAGCUCUGCAAGAAGCAGCCUGUAUAUCUACAGAGCACAAAGGACGAGAUCUGCACGCAAUGCAGGACGAGAAGGCUAGAGGCGAGUAUGGCCAGAAGUAAUAAAGGGCAUGCGGAGGAGCAACAUCGUCUAAAGGAGAUUCGCUCCGGCUUGAUCGUCGCCUCAAAAAGCAGGAAACCCACCACUUGCUCUCAUAUCCAGGCGAGCAGCGAGGAGCUGUACAAGGGAGCUCAGAAUGAGGAAGGAGCCGCCAAAAACACAUCCGCCACACCUGUGCGUCAUAUUGGAUUGGACCAUUUCCGAUGCCGGAUAGGUCUCAGCCACACCGAACCGUGUAUACGGGCAACGGAUCAGAUUUACCAGCCUCCUCACUAUCACAAGACCACAAGUGCUAAACCUGCUGCACAUGAGGGAGUAAGAGCCUUAUUCCAGUUGAGAGGCAGCGCAAACCCAGCGCUCAGUAAAUGCGACAAAAGGCGGCCUAGACUGAGCCUGCCCCAUGACAACAUCAAGACUGCCACCGGUGCUGGAGGCAGACAUGACGAGCAAAAGAUGGCAUUGCGUGGCCCGAGGGCCUUGCAAGAGCCCCAACUACCCCCAAGAGGAAACUGGAAUCUCAUUGAGGUCACUAAGCCUGUAUCCAGAGAAGAUCAUGGGGGAAAAGCGAGAUUGCAUGGGCCGAGGACCAUGCCAACUCCUCAUCGCAUCAUCAGGAAGGACUGGAAUUUGAUGACUGCUACGAAUCCCGUCAGAAGAGCCAACGGAGGAAGGUUACACUUGCGUGGGCCGCAGCCCAUCACGAGCCUGACACCGACCCCGAAGCCAAACCCAAUCCCGAGACCGGACCCAGCUGCCAUCAGCUUUGGGGCUCGCCACCGCAAGGCCUUCAACUCCGAGCCUCUCAUCAGGCAGGAAGUGCACCUCCCAAUCCAUUCAUCCGUCCGGGAAAACCAGCAACUCAUCGGUCCAGAUACAGUACCUAACCUACCAGUGUCCUACAAACCGGUCCUUGCUGGCCGACACCCCCUCCAUCGCGCCCUACCGCCAAUCCCAGACGAAGCCUACCCCGAGCAAGCUAUGAACUGCCAACCACCUCCGGUGCCGCCGCACUUGGUGCUACCUCGGAGGAAAGUUAUUGGCAUGCCCAUGAGCGACGACCCUGGCUCGGACCUCGUGCGGUACUUGGCAGCCCCGGAGGCCCCCGUAGGCACCUAUUUCGGCCGAGAAAUGGUGCAUUCCGGCUGGCAGCCACCUCGGUGUGAGACUGUUGUUAGCUCCUUCUUGGAGUAUCAGCCAUAG